GCAAGCACUGACAAAAUACUCCAAUCGCUGGGAUUGCUGAAACAUAAAGAAGAUAUAUAUAAAUGAGACACUAAUUCCUGCAAAUUCAUCUGAUUCACACCAAAGCAUUCAGGACCAUGGACAGCAUCAGAUCAGCUGUAUACCUGAGCAUCUGUCUCUCUUUACUGUUCGUCUGUCGGGGUCAGAUGUCAAUGGAUAAUCAACUAUCCGUACAAGAGGAACAAUUUAUCAAAAGAGAUCUGGCUGAGGCUCUCGACCAACUUUUGGAUGGAGAUCAGGAGCAGCGGUUAUCUGUGGAGAAAAAAGCCAGCAUCAUACCAAGGUGUGAUGUGGGUGAGCGUUGCGCUAUGAAGCAUGGACCACGCAUCGGGCGGUUAUGUGACUGUCUGCGGGGAACUGCCUGCAAUACUUUCUUCCUGCGCUGUUACUGACGGACUCUCUUCAUCCUCAGACACUGUGCGAAUAAACUCAUGAAAGCAAAACUUGAUUAACAAGUGCAUUUUACGCGUCAAUCUAAGCGUGAUGCAUUAAUAGCGUAAUGUUGUGUUGCGCGUAAUCUUGACAAAAGUAACGUGUGGUUAAAUUAGUUUAUUUUUAGUUAAAGAAAUGUUUAAGGUUCACUGAUUUUGAUGUUUAAAACAUAUAUGUUAUUGUCUUUCCUUCCUAUGUUUAAAUAAAACGG